AUGGAAGACCCCGGCAUCGGUGAAAUUUGUCUGAAGUACAUCUCAGAGGAUCCAUCACAGACCUCCCAGUGUCAGGUCAGUGAUGACCUGACUCUCUCAGAGUCAGUGUCCCGGAGGGAGACUUCCUUGGCAGAGGAGGAGGUUGAUGAGUACAAAUUAUCAACGGAAAGCUUCAAGCUUUCCUUUCUUAAUGAGUACAGAUCUGCUGAGAGUCCCAAUGGCGCCAUGUUCUCUCUGUUCCUCCGAACAGAGAAAGACAGCGUCAUUUUUGAAAACGGCCAGGUUGAUGUGAGGAAAGAAAUCGAUUUUGAAUGGUUCCAGAGUAAACUCAGCAAAGUUGCCAAGAUAGAGACUAUUGAUGAUUAUGAGGACUUGGUGUACGGAAGCCCGAUGGAAUGAAAUUACUACAUCAAUCUUUCUCUAAAAGUUAUUGAAGAGAUCAAUAAAUAAGUUGGAAGAAGAUAUUCAUGAAUCGUUUGUCAUGAGCUCGUCUAAUAGCCCUCUUUUCGCACCAAUGAAGAUCAAUGGAUGCUCUGCUGAGUUUAGCCGAGCGGAAAUUAUUAGAACAUUAAAAUUAGUAGCUAUUAAUUCUGAGUUUGAGCAAAUCGAGAGGCUUUUGUUACUCUAUUUUCUUCUCAGAUCCUCUAUCGAGAGCGAAAAUAAUCAGACUUGUGAAGAGAUCAUCAAAUUUCUUUAUAAUAUUUCAGAACUGAGAAGGUUCAAUGAUGCCUUUAUGAUGAUGUUGGACGAUAUCCAUUUCUUCGGGUAUAAGAAGAGAGAAGAAGUUGUACAUUCUGAGAUAGAAUUUUUACUCAGUGUCCCUUCAACCCACUUCUUUAAAGAGUCUCUAGAGGUCUCCACACAAGUCAUUUACAUGGGCUUUCUGGCUAAUCUGAGCUAUUGAUCCAGGAAGAUUAGUUAUAACCACGUACACAAAUGUGAUAUAUGGAAUAAACCUUUAUUAAAGGAAACCUUAUGAAGACUGAUUGGGGAAGAUCCUUCGUUACUAGGAGCUUCUUUCAAAGACAAAUCAAGAAACUGUAACAGCAUUUUAGAAGAGACAGCUGCAGAUUCUGGUUUUUCUCAUAUGGCCUACACAUCUCUGGUAAAACUGACCGAAAAGGAAAAUUUGGAAAAACACGACAUAAUGAUUGUCGAGAAGUUAGAAAAAUUAGACGAAAUCGCAUACACGACAGACAUAAAGUCUCUUAACUUGUUUAAUCCUGAUGGAGGAUUUCCGAUCAAGCAGAGGAACUCAGAGCUUGAGGAGUACUGGAAUAAUGUCUUAGAGGAAUCUGAAUCAGAAGUUAAGACAGUAACAGAUUCGAGGUAUUCAGAGCUAUCUUCCAUUGAUUUCAAAGAGACGAGGAUAGACUACGCUAAUGCCUCUAGCUUGGCUGUCAAUUUCGAGUCGAAGGGUGGGUCGCGGUAUAACCACUCUUUACUGGGAGAAUCCGCCAAGAUCACACAACAAAGAGACCGAGUAGGCAAUCUAGCAUGCCAACAAUCUUGCUGUGUUAUCUUCUAGCCUAUCUUCCAGAGUCAGAGUUCUGGUGUAGUAUUUUAAAUGAUUUUUAACUAAAUUUU